UUCAGUUUCCAGAUCGAGUCAUUUGUUAAAAUGUCUCCGUGUAGGCCGUACUGUGGUUGAGACGUACCACUAUUAAUUUCUUAGGGCUUGAAGUGUUUCUAUUCAGUGCUCCUCCAAUGGCAUAUUCACUUAUCUAGUCCCAAGAAAAUAAAAAUAAAAAAAUCUCCCAAAUCAUAAAACCAAACUAUACUCAAUUUCAUUUUCUUUUCCUUUCUUUUCUUUUCUCCCAAACAUGGCCGGGAAAUCCCAGCCCGAGCCGGUCAACGGCAGUACCAAAUCUGGGUCGUCCUCACCUCCUCCCGCCAAUCUCAAGCCCGAUCUGUUCAGCCAUUUCUCCCUCAAGUCUUUCAAGCUCAAGACCAAGCAACAGGAGCUCCUGAUUCGAGUCUCCAUUCUAGGCCUCGUCUACAUCUUGGCAUUCAUCACUCGAUUGUUCAGCGUCCUUCGCUACGAGUCCAUGAUCCACGAGUUUGACCCCUACUUCAACUAUCGGACCACUGUCUACUUGACUGAGAAGGGUUUCUAUGAGUUCUGGAACUGGUUCGACUCCGAGAGCUGGUACCCUCUCGGCCGGAUCAUUGGUGGGACCCUCUAUCCGGGUCUAAUGGUCACUGCUGCGUUCAUCUAUUGGACGCUCCGAUUUCUCCGUUUCGCCGUCCAUAUUCGCGAGGUCUGCGUCUUGACCGCGCCUUUUUUCGCAUCCAACACGACGGUGGUGGCAUAUUUCUUCGGGAAAGAGAUUUGGGACUCCGGGGCGGGUCUCGUCGCUGCGGCAUUGAUCGCAAUUUGCCCCGGUUAUAUCUCGAGAUCGGUAGCCGGGUCGUAUGACAAUGAGGGUGUCGCGAUCUUCGCGUUGUUGCUGACGUUCUACUUGUUUGUGAAGGCCGUCAAUACUGGUUCGCUUGCUUGGUCUCUGGCUUCGGCUUUUGGGUACUUCUACAUGGUUUCCGCUUGGGGAGGUUAUGUGUUUAUCAUUAAUUUGAUCCCGCUUUACGUGUUGGUGCUGUUGGUCACUGGGAGGUACUCCAUGAGAUUGUACGUUGCUUAUAACUGUAUGUACGUGGUAGGAAUGUUGCUAGCUAUGCAAAUUCGGUUUGUGGGUUUUCAGCAUGUUCAGUCUGGGGAGCAUAUGGCUGCCAUGGGAGUCUUCUUCUUGAUUCAGGUGUUUUACUUUCUAGACUGGGUUAAGUACAUGUUAAGUGACACAAAAUUGUUCCAAGCCUUCUUGAGGAUCACUGUUACAUCUGCAGUUGGUGUUGGUGGUAUUGCUUUGGGAGUUGGCAUGGCUUCUGGUUAUAUAUCUCCAUGGACAGGCAGAUUUUAUUCUUUGCUGGAUCCAACAUAUGCAAAGGAUCACAUUCCAAUUAUUGCAUCUGUCUCUGAACAUCAACCAACAGCUUGGUCGUCUUUCAUGUUUGAUUUCCACAUCCUUCUCUUCCUUUUCCCAGCAGGUCUCUAUUUUUGCUUCAAACGGCUAUCAGAUGCGACAAUAUUUAUCGUAAUGUAUGGGCUCACAAGCAUGUAUUUCGCUGGCGUCAUGGUUCGGUUAAUUCUUGUUGCUACACCAGCGGUUUGCCUUAUUAGUGCCAUUGCUGUGUCUGCGACAGUAAAGAAUUUAACACAGUUGUUAAGGGCAAGUAAUAAGGUUUCUCAAACUGGUUCUAGCAAAGGAACUGGUAGUGUGAAAAGCUCUUCCAAGGUUUCCAUUGAUCAAUCCCAGCCUUUCCAAAAGAAUGGUGCUAUAGCCUUACUUUUUGGUGCAUUUUACUUGCUCAGUAAGUACGCUACCCAUUGUACCUGGGUCACAUCGGAAGCAUACUCAUCCCCUUCGAUUGUCUUGGCUGCAAGGGGUGCCCAUGGCAACAGAGUCAUUUUUGAUGAUUAUCGUGAGGCAUACUUUUGGCUUCGUCAAAAUACUCCUCAGGAUGCUAAGGUGAUGUCAUGGUGGGAUUAUGGAUAUCAGAUCACAGCAAUGGGAAACAGAACUGUUAUAGUUGACAACAACACCUGGAAUAAUACACACAUCGCUACUGUUGGACGUGCAAUGUCAUCUUAUGAAGAUGAGGCGUAUGACAUAAUGAGAUCACUGGAUGUUGAUUAUGUUUUAGUUGUAUUUGGUGGUGUGACUGGUUAUUCUUCUGAUGACAUUAACAAAUUUUUGUGGAUGGUGAGAAUUGGUGGCGGAGUGUUUCCCGUAAUUAAAGAGCCUGAGUACCUUGUUAAUGGCGAGUAUCGUGUUGACAAGGGUGCAGCUCCCAAGAUGUUGAACUGUCUCAUGUACAAACUAUCAUACUAUCGGUUUGGAGAGCUGACAACAGAAUAUGGAAAACCCCCUGGGUAUGAUCGCGCAAGAGGGGUUGAAAUUGGAAAUAAGGAUAUUAAACUAGAACACUUGGAAGAGGCAUUCACAACAUCCAAUUGGAUCGUUCGUAUUUAUAAAGUCAAACCCCCUAACAACAGGUGGUGAGUAUUUCUCAGCGUUUCUUGUUCAUGCCGUGGUUGUUAGAGAAAGGAGGUGGUAGAUAAAACCGCGAGAGGUUAGAGUCUUGAAACAUAGUUGUAGUAAUAGUAAACCGUGAGAGGUUAGAUUUUUAGUGGCCAAGGCUCUUCAAGUGUUCCAAAAUCCCGUUUUUGGAGAUCCUCUUUUUCACACUUAAGCUAUAUUUAAACGGUUUUGCUUGAUUGUGUACCGUUGAGAGACGCUAUAAAUUCCGAAUGUAACUCAUUGGUUUUGUGCAACUUCGAGUUUUAUACUAAUCAUAAAUCUAAUGCUCUUCUUUUGAAUCA